GCCGCGACAACGAAAUUUUGCGGAACUGUGUAAUGCUAGCAAGAUGUUAUUGAACUGGAUGAUAACUGUCAUUCUUAUGGAAGCGGUUAUACGAGAAAUGAUGUCCAUGUGUAUUUUCUAGAUUAUGUGUUUUAUCUUCUGAACUGUUGGACUCUUGGAAACGGUGUAUUCACAAUUAUAUUGAUAAAAUGACUACGAGCAUAACAAAUAGCCUAUCUGAAAUGAGGGCGGGGGGCUGGCGUAGUAUUCAUCGUAGUAGCAGAACACUCUUCUCGGCUGUGCUGUUUGGCAUGCCAUAGAAAUGCAUUUUUAGCUACCCAGCAGACAGUCGAAUAGAGAUUCCCUUAUCUGCAGCAGCGGCAUUUGCAAAUAAGUGCAUAAAAAAUGUUUUUUAAGAAAAGUUUUUAAAAAACCGCGACCAUUUUCUGCGUUUUAAGAUUAAGUCUCUGUCUGAGCGACGUGCUAGCUGAAGACUCAUCAGAAGCUGUAGGUCCUGUGGGAGUUGGAUGCUCUGUCAGAUCUCUACCAACCUCCCAGGGGUUUCAUCCUCAGUGCCCACCGCUAACAAUCGGGCAGAAAAACUAUGUUCCUUCUGGAUGUGAUGGAGGUUAUUUGAUUAAAAUGGAACAGAAAUACACUACUGACUGUGGAGUUAAUCCCUGUCCUUUACAUUUUUUGUUGCAAUAAUAGAGACAUACCAGUGUAUACGUUGGAAAAGAUGUAUUUGUGUGGGCGUGUGUGUAUGUGUGUGUAGCAAUAUUGCUGAGCGAUACAGGAGGUGAUCUGGUUAAAAUGUAACUACCGACAGUUUUCUCAAGCAGUGCUUCCUUAUAAUUUGUGUCUGGUCAGCACUCGCCGAAUGAGAAAUAAUGGAGAGGAAUAUGUAGCUGCUUGAGAUUUUUGCGGAUAUUAAUAAGGAACGCCAGGAGUUGUAUUGCUCCAUUUUUCAGCACACCUAGGAAGAUGCAGAUUUUGCGUAAUAUCCAGUAUUGUGGACUGCAACGGGCCAUACGCCAAUGGAGAUCCGCACGCGAUAUUCGCUUAGCAAAGCUUGUUACCAGCAAUGGCAGACUGUGCCACAGUACUGUUCCAACAGUGAGCAUGGCAGCGGUCAGUCCAACGAUGGCUGGACUGCUCAGCUCAAGUCGGAUGUACAGAGCAAACACCCAGACUGACCAGAUGUCUCCUUCGCAAAUCAACCACAUACUAAACGCCAACGAAUAUAGCUUAAGCUUUAAUGGGUACGAUGGAAGAAACGUUAGCUCGGUUCUAAGGUUCGACAGCAACCUCUUAGCAUCCAACUCCCCCAGCGAGGACCGCCGAAGCGUGGCCACGUGCCUCCAGAGCCGAGGCAUGUUAUUCGGCGUGUUUGACGGGCACGCGGGUCACGCCUGCGCACAGGCGGUCAGCGAGCGGCUGUUCUACUACAUCGCCGUGUCCCUGCUCCCGUUAAAGGUACUGGUGGACAUCGAGGAGGCAGUGGAGAACGACCGUCCUGUUUUCCCCAUGCUACAAUGGCACAAGCACCCGAAUGACUACGUCAGCACCGAUGCCGGAAAGCUGUACUUCAACAGCCUUCGCACUUACUGGCAGGAGCUCAUCGACCUCGAGGAGGACGAGCACAUGGACAUCGAGUUUGCCCUGGUGAACGCCUUCAAGAGGCUUGACAAUGACAUUUCUCUGGAGGCGCAGGUGGACUUCGGGGACCCCUACUCCCACUUCACUCCACUCAGGGUCGCCCUGUCGGGCUGCACCGCCUGCGUGGUCCACGUGGAUGGGUCCGACCUGCACGUCGCCAACCUGGGGGACAGCAGGGCUGUCCUGGGGGUGCAGGGGGAGGACGGCAGCUGGUCGGCGCUCACCAUCACCAACGACCACAACGCGCAGAAUGCAGACGAGCUGCAGCGCGUGUGGUCCGAGCACCCGGCGUCGGAGAGGAAGAACGUGGUGAAGCACGACCGCCUGCUGGGCCUGCUCCUACCCUUCAGGGCCUUCGGCGACAUCCGCUUCAAAUGGAGCAGCGAGCUCCUGAGCCAUGUGUGCGAGGCCCGGUCCGAGAUGCUGCCGACCAACGAACACGCCAAAAUGCUCCCGCCCAACUACCGCACGCCCCCGUACCUCAUCGCCGAGCCCGAGGUCACCCACCACAAGCUCCGGCCGCAGGACAAGUUCCUGGUCCUGGCCACGGACGGCCUGUGGGAGCAGAUGCACAGGCAGGCCGUCGUGGAGGUCAUAGGUGAUCACCUGACGGGCAUGCACUGGCAGAAGCCCCUGACCGGGCUCUCUUUCACCCUGGGCCAGAUGCAGCGGCUGCUUCUGGAGAGGAAGGCGCGGGCCCUCAGGGCCCUCGAGGACGAGAACUCGGCCACGCACCUGAUCCGGCACGCCCUGGGAAGCGACGGCUUCGGCAGCGUGGAGCACCGCCGCCUCUCCAAGACGCUCAGCUUCCCGCCGGAGCUGGCGAGAAUGUACAGGGACGACAUCACAAUUAUAGUCAUUCAUCUCAACAGCAGUGUCAUCGAGGCAAAUCACAAGGCCAGCGUUACGGAGGGUGCUUGAAUGAUUUCAGAACGAUUUAAGACUAACAUGCUCUCAAUGUGCUGAGAACUCUAGAUUUUUUUUUUUUUGGGAGAAAAUCUUUUAAUGAUGCAUGAUUGUAAUUUAGGUUUGAUUAUGUAUUUAUGUGCUGCAAUUGUCCGUCUUCACAUUCAUUUUUAAACAGAAAGAUUAAAACAUACGUGCUCCAGAUUCAAACAUAA